UGUGAUCCCUGUCCCGCUGUUACCCAACCCCAAAUCCGCCCCCAUACCCCGUCCCGGCGUGAUCAACUGUGAUCCAUUCUGGGUGGUGCUGGCGCUGUCUUGGAUCUGAAGUUACUUUCGGUUGCACUUUCGGAGCUGGAGCUGAGGAAGUGAGGCGCGGAGAUGGCGCUGAUGGAGAUGUGCAGCAUUCAGGACUGGAAUCAGAACGAUCUCCCUCUCGGACAGAGCAGCAUGCUUCUCAGCCCAGGGCAGCAGCUUGGUCUCGGGGCCAGGGACCAGCUGGUGGUACCGGUUGGUCUGGAUCCAGUGAAAUUCCUUAAACCAUACAUUGAUGGUGAUGACGGGGUUGAGAUUAAACUCCAUCAUGGAACAACCACUCUGGCUUUUAAGUUUCAACAUGGAGUGAUGGUUGCCGUGGAUUCCAGAGCAUCAGCAGGCUCCUACAUUGACACCCAGACGUUCAAGAAGGUGAUUGAGAUAAACCCCUACCUGCUGGGCACAAUGUCAGGUAGUGCUGCAGACUGUGUCUUCUGGGAGAGAAUGUUGGCCAAACAAUGCAGGAUUUAUAAAUUACGGAACAAGAAACGUAUCUCAGUGUCUGCUGCAUCCAAAUUGUUGGCUAACAUGGUAUCUGAGUAUAAAGGCAUGGGGCUCUCAAUGGGAACCAUGAUCUGUGGCUGGGAUGAGAAGGGUCCAGGUCUUUACUAUGUGGAUGAUAAUGGGAUGAGGCUCUCUGGCAGCAUGUUCUCCACCGGCUCAGGUUGUGGUUAUGCCUACGGUGUUAUGGACAGUGGAUAUCGAUAUGAUCUGAUGGUGAAGGAAGCUUAUGAUCUGGCACAGCGUGCUAUUUACCAUGCCACCCAUCGCGAUGCAUAUUCUGGAGGCACAGUUAACAUGUAUCACAUGCGGGAAAAUGGCUGGAUCAAAGUGUCUCAGGAAGAUGUUGGUGUUCUGCAGCACAGGUACACUGCAGAGACCCCAUGAGCUGCUCAAGACCCAUUUGAAAUCAAAUCUCAGUCAAGGCCAGCAACUGAAGUAACUAAAUAUUUCCACUGGACCAGUAGGCUCAAUGAAUGGUUUACAGCUGACUGCUCACUCAAGUGCCAUCAUAGUUGUGAACUUAAACUAAACAGCAUCAUAAAAAAUUUUCUACAAACAGAAUAGUGUGUACAUUUACACUUUUAAUCAGCAUCACAUAUACCACAGUUAACAGGUUAUUUUUAUCACCUUGCUGUUUGUGGGAGCUUGUUGUGCUCAUCUUGGAAGCAGUGUUUCUUACUUGGCAACAAUACUUACACUUCAGAAUGUCCUACAGUGGCUGUGAAAUACCUUGAGUCUGGAGUGGAUAUGAAAAGCACUAUUAUAAAUGCAAGGCUUUCUUUCAAAUUAGACUUUCAAUCAAGUACAGCAUUCGGUAUGGUAAUGUUCCUAUGAUGGAUUUCAACCUGGUAAAUGUGAGGUCAUCUACUUUGGAUCUAAGACAGAUGGGAAUAUUUUUAAAGCAAUGAGAAACCAAAAGCAGAGUGAUUAUUGAGGAGUCCAAAAAGAAAGUAAUGUCUUCAGCUUCCCUCCAACAUAACAUCAGAAGUGGAAAUGUUCUGUGAUGAUUGCACAAUGUUCAGCACCAUUCACAUCUCAGGUACUGAAACAGGACGUGUCCAUAUGCAGCAAGACCUGAAUAUUAUGCAGAUUUGGACUGAGAAAUGGCAAGUAACAUUCUCAUCACAUAAAUGCCAAGUAAUGACCAUAUCCAAAAAAAGAGAAUCUAACUAUUUCCCUCGAAAUUCAAAGGUGUUACCAUCAAUGAAUUCCCCACUAUCAACACCCGGGGAUUACCAUUGACCAGAAAUUGAGCUGCACCAGUCAUAUAAAGAAAGUGUCUAAAAGAGCAGGAAGAGGUUAGGAAUCCUGCAGGAAGCAAAUCACCUCCUGACUCCCCAAAGCCCAUCCAUUAUCACAAGCACAAGUAAGGAGUGUGAUGGAAUACUGCCCACUUAUCUGGAUGAGUGCAGCCUCAACAACACUCAAGAACCUUGACACCAGCCAGGACAAAGCAGCCCGCUUGAUUGGCACCACACCCACAAACAUCCAUUCCCUCCACCACCAAUGCUCAGUAGCAGCAGUGGAUACUAUCUACAAGAUGCACUGCAGAAGUCCAUCAAACAUCAUCAGACAGCACCUUCCAAACCCACAACCACUUCUAUCUAGAAGGAUAAGGGCUGGCAGAUAUGUGGGAACACAUGUUCCCCUCCAAGUCACUCACCAUCCUGACUUGGAAAUAUAUCGCUGUUCUGAGUUUGACAUGUUAAACCGAGGCUUCCUCUAGUGUGUCAUGUGAGUGAAAAUAUCACAAAACAUCAGUUAAGAAGAGUAAGAGGUCUCUCUGUUGUUCUAUCCAAUAUUUAUUUAUCCCAAAAUCAACAUUGCAAAAAUAGAUAUACAACAGGCUGAUCUGUUCCUGACAUUACAACAUUAUACUUCAGCACCAAUUCACUCAAUGCUACAUUUGUUUUGGUUGUCCUAAAAUGAUGAAGGGCACUAUAGGAAUGCAAGUGUGUCUUUCUUAGUUGCCACCCUCUGACAUUAUGAACCAGACUGAGGACAGAGUCCUAGAAAGGAGCCUGUCCCAACCUAAUCUACCCGGCAACAAAUGCUGCAGGGACUGGGAGCGCCCUAUAGGUGGGGUGAACUAUCUGAGCCGUGUUGGUAUGAAUGUGCAAAAAGGGUGGAGGGAAAGUAAAAGCAGUUCAACACAGGGGAAUUCCAGGGAAUGUCUGUCAGUGAGAGGCUGUCUGGAAAAUCCCGAUUGGGGGGGGUAUGUGAAUGGUACAAGGGAGUGCAGGCAUAGAAAGAGAGACACUGAGUGUCAAACUAUGAACAGAGAGAGGGUGAGAGAAAAACAUCAUCAUUAACCUCCUCACUCUGUCAAGGAGAGACAAUCACUGCAGAUCCCUAUGUCAGAGUCCACUGUUACUGAUACCCAGCAUCUCUUUCUCUCACACACAGACACACACACCAUCAGACACAGUGAUCAGACCCAAGGGAUAGGGGAACACACCACUCACCAAGUGACAGAAACUGAGGGAGACCCCACUCACUGAGAGAGAGAGAGCGACUGGGGGAGACCUCACAUACUGUGAGAGACCUGACCCCACCCACUGAGAGAGAGACUUGGGGAGACCCCACUCACUGAGACAGAGAGACUUGGGGAGACCCCAUCCACUGAGAGAGAGACUGGGGGAGACCCCACUCACUGAGAGAGAGACUGGGGCAGAUCCCACUCACUGAGAGAGAGACUGUGGAUUUGGUGAUUUACUAUCCAUGUCUCAGCUCUCUCAGUCUGUCUGAGUGGGAUUAGUUUUUUGUGGUUCCUGCCCUAAUCUCACUCUUUCUCUCCGUUCUAUAGGUCUAUAUAUUUUGAGGCACUCUUUCUAAAAUGUGAACAUUCAUUUUAAUGCAGUCACUCUCUUCCGAUGUCCCUUUACAUGCAUUUAUAAGCUAUAUUUACGUACUAAUAUGUAUCUAAUUAUGUAGAUCUAUUCUCUCUUAUUCUGUUUCUUUCUGUUAUGAUAUAAGUUAUUAAGAGAGAAUAUCAUUAAUAUUCAAGUUUUCUUCAAUUUCUCUCCCCAUACUAUAUACUUAAUAAACAGGGGUCCCUGAUUUCCACCCAUAGGAGAGAGUGGAAAUUUAAAGAUCUGACAUAUGAACAUUUCCUGUCCUUACAAAUAAAUAUUUUGUUUUGUCCUGCACUGUGUUCCACUUAUG